AUGGAGAGCACGAUGAAGGAGCUGAGGGAAGGCGCGCCCGUGCUGGAGCCGAAAUCCAAAGUGGGCGGUGGGGUCGAGGACGUUUACGGCGAGGAUCGUGCCACUGAGGACCAGUUCGUCACUCCUUGGGCUCUCUCUGUUGCGAGUGGGGUAUCUCUGUUGAGAGAUCCUCGCUACAACAAGGGACUUGCUUUUACAGAGAGAGAGAGGGACGCUCAUUAUUUGCGUGGUCUUCUGCCUCCAACAGUUGCUUCUCAACGUCUUCAGGAGAAGAAGUUGUUGCAUAAUCUCCGGCAAUAUCAGCUUCCGCUGCAAAAGUACAUUGCAAUUAUGGACCUCCGGGAGAGGAAUGAAAGGCUCUUCUAUAAGCUUCUAAUCGACAACGUCGAGGAGUUGCUCCCUGUUGUCUAUACUCCAACUGUUGGUGAGGCUUGCCAGAAAUAUGGGAGCAUCUUCAGGCGCCCUGAGGGUCUCUUCAUAAGUCUAAAAGAAAGAGGUAAGGUUCUUGAGGCACUGAAAAACUGGCCUGAAAGGAGCAUUCAGGUUGUCGUUGUGACUGAUGGCAAAAGGAUCUUGGGACUUGGCGAUCUUGGCUGCCAGGGGAUGGGCAUUCCUGUUGGUAAAUUGGCUUUGUACACAGCCCUUGGAGGAGUCCGUCCUUCAGCAUGUUUACCAGUGACAAUUGAUGUGGGAACGAACAAUGAGGAUUUGUUGAAGGAUGAGUUUUACAUUGGCCUCAGACAGAGAAGGGCAACUGGACAGGAGUACGCAGAUCUUUUGCAUGAGUUCAUGAAUGCUGUCAAACAGAAUUAUGGAGAAGAAGUUCUCAUACAGUUUGAGGAUUUUGCAAACCACAAUGCUUUUGAACUGCUUACAAAGUAUGGUACAACUCAUCUUGUGUUCAAUGAUGACAUACAGGGGACAGCAGCAGUAGUUCUUGCAGGACUGCUUGCAGCACUCAAAGUUGUCGGCAGCUCUUUGGCAGACCACACUUUCUUGUUCUUUGGUGCCGGAGAAGCAGGGACUGGCGUAGCAGAACUCAUAGCUCUCGAGAUGUCGAAGCAGGCAGAAGCUCCAGUGGAGGAGACUCGGAAAAACAUUUGGCUAGUUGAUUCAAAGGGGCUGAUCGUUAAUUCUCGGAAGGGUUCACUUCAACACUUUAAGAAGCCCUGGGCUCAUCAACAUGAACCUGUCGAGGAUCUUCUGAGUGCUGUCAAGGCACUCAAGCCCACGAUUUUGAUUGGAUCAGCUGGAGUAGGAAGAGCUUUCACAAAGGAGGUUGUUGAGACCAUGACCUCUUAUACCGAGAGACCUCUUAUUAUGGCCUUAUCCAAUCCAACCUCCAAGUCCGAGUGCACGGCAGAAGAAGCUUACUCCUGGAGCAAGGGUCGUGCUGUAUUUGCUAGCGGAAGCCCGUUCCACCCGGUUGAGUACAACAGCAGGGUUUUUGUACCAGGCCAGGCCAACAAUGCUUACGUCUUCCCUGGGUUCGGGCUGGGUUUGGUCAUCUCAGGGUCACUUCGUGUACAUGAUCAAAUGCUUCUAGCUGCCUCGGAGGCGUUAGCUAGUCAAGUGUCACCGGAGGACUUUGAGAAGGGGCUGAUCUAUCCACCUUUGAGGAACAUCAGAAAGAUUUCUGCGCAAAUAGCAGCCAACGUAGCUGAAGUGGCUUACGAUCUCGGCUUAGCAACGCGCCUACCUCGUCCAGGAAAUCUCGUCGAGUACGCAGAAAGUUGCAUGUACAGUCCAGUCUACCGAAACUAUCGUUGAAAGGCAACCGUCCGCCUGUCGAAUCGCGGGAGAGUUGGUGCUUUGAGAUGUGAGGGCGUUUCC